AUGGAGAAGAGAAAAGCCUCUUUCCUCCCUCCUAUUCCAAAAGAGAAGAAAAAACCCGGACAGCCAGAUACAAGCAGCCUUGAAAAAUCACUCUACAGGAGAAAAGACAGGAAGAAUGUCAUCGAGAAAGAAGGCCAGGAGAGGAUGCCACAAAGGAUUCGAGGGCACAAGCAGAGAAGGAAAGGGGGGUCAAAGUCAGAACCGCCUAGAAGGCAACGAGAAGCAGAAGCGCGGGCCUGCCAGAUGCUCUGCAGAGUCACUUACCUGCGGGCUGCGGAAGGCCACAGAAGGAACUCAGCAUCCACCGGCCACAUUCUGCUCCCCGGAGCGGAGGGCAGAGCCGAGUUUCUUCAGGCAGUGGCUCCAGCCAGCUCUGCCCCACAGGUAAGGAGCGCGCAGCUGCCACACACGGCAGGCAGCGCGGACAGACUCUGCCUUCCUGGGGCGCCCGCGUGUGGAGGACGCCGCCCUGGUCGCUGUUGGGAGCCCCGCAGGCCCGUGGCCUUCUGCCUGGUUCUCCCACCACUGCAAGCCUCGCCUUCAGGACUCCGCCUGGCCUUCCUCUUUUCUGUUGGAGAGACUCACGGGACCGUCUGUCUGGACGAUGUGUGCACAUUUCUUACCACGACUCCUCUGCACACCGGGUCCAGGCACCGCUGCGCUGGGGACGGCACAGCUGAACUGUGCAGGCAGCGAAGGGGCCUCACGGGGACCGCUCAGCUCCCUGAGGGCGCAGCCCACCUGGUCCCGGGGGGAAUAAACUUCCGCGGUUUUCAGUGACCCAGUUUGUGGCACGGCACAUGUUGAAAAGUUAAAUUCUGGGCGCGUUACUUCAGAGAUGCACUGUGAGCAGCUUUGAGCGGCGAAAUGACCUGUUCACCGAACAGCGCCCUCUGUAGCCCAGAGCUCAGAACGGGCCUUUUCGUGAUGUUCCUGCAUUGUGUUUACAGCCUCCCUGCGAGGGGGUUGCGCGCAGAGGCGGACCUCGUUUAUUGCGCCUUGCUCUAUGGUGCCUGGCAGAUACCGCAUUUUUUUUUUUUUUUUUUUUUUACAAAUUGAAAGUUUGUGUCAACUCUGUUGGGGCACCUCUAUGGGUGCCAUUUUUCCAACAGCUUGUGUUCGCUUCAUAUCUCUGUGUCACAUUUUGGUAAUUCUUGUAGUAUUUCGAAUUUUUUCAUUAUCAUUAUGUCUGUCAUGGUGAUCUGUAAUCAGUGAUCUUUGAUUUUACUUUGUAAUUGUUUUGGAGAACCAACAACGGCACCCACUUAAGACAGAAAACGUAAUAAAUGUCAGGUGUGUUCC